GCGGCGGCGUCAGCAUCGGGCGCGGCCAAUGGCUGCGGCUCGGUCCCGCCCCGCAGGCCGGGCCGGGGCAGGAAGCGGCCGGGGCACGGCUGCGGGCCGCUCGGGCAGGGUCGCUGAGGCCGGGGGCCGCCAUGCGGCGCCUUUAAGAGCAGCCCCGAGCCUGCGCGGCGCCCCUCCGCCUCUCCGCCGCGCUCCGGCCGCCAUGGGCUCGCCGCGCCCGCGGGCCCCCGCGCUGCUGCUGGCGGCGGCGCUGCUGCUGCUGGCGGCCCCGGCCGGGCUGCGCGCCGCGCCCGAGGAGGAGGCCGCCCGCAAGAAGGAGCCUGCGCCAGCGCCGCCGGCCGCGCACGGAGCCGAGCCGCGGGCCGAGAAGGGCUCCUCUCAGGUGGCUCCAGUUCACGUUGUCAGUGAAGAGUCUGCCGACAAGACCAAUUUGGGCUUUAUCCAUGCGUUCGUGGCUGCUAUUUCGGUCAUCAUCGUGUCCGAGCUGGGGGACAAAACCUUCUUCAUCGCGGCCAUCAUGGCCAUGCGCUACAACCGCCUGACCGUGCUGGCUGGGGCCAUGCUCGCCCUCGGACUGAUGACCUGCCUAUCAGUGCUGUUUGGCUAUGCCACCACGGUGAUCCCUCGUGUCUACACAUACUAUGUGUCAACAGCUCUCUUUGCCAUCUUUGGCGUCAGAAUGCUUCGAGAAGGCUUGAAAAUGAGCCCAGAUGAGGGGCAGGAGGAGCUGGAGGAAGUUCAAGCAGAAAUCAAGAAAAAGGAUGAGGAGCUUCAGAGAACUAAACUGUUAAAUGGGCCAGGAGAUGUGGAGUCGGGGCCAGGCACCACAGUACCUCAGAAGAAGUGGCUGCAUUUCAUAUCCCCCAUCUUUGUUCAAGCCUUUACUUUGACGUUCCUAGCGGAGUGGGGCGACCGCUCCCAGCUCACCACCAUAGUGCUGGCUGCCAGAGAGGACCCCUAUGGCGUGGCAGUAGGAGGCACAGUGGGACACUGCCUGUGCACUGGCUUAGCAGUGAUUGGAGGGAGGAUGAUAGCACAAAAGAUUUCUGUUAGGACUGUGACAAUCAUAGGAGGCAUUGUCUUCCUGGCCUUUGCAUUUUCUGCACUAUUUAUAAGUCCAGACUCUGGGUUUUAACCUCUUCCAUCACUGCAAAAGAACCGAGGAUCGGAAGCCUCCAGCCAGCUGUCCCUCUUGUAUAUACUGUACAGAAGUGGAGUGAAAGGAGCACUGAAGAGGAGACACUGAACUGUUUCUAGCUGUGGCUGCUGGGACUGGCACAUCUCUGGACAUCCUCUGCACUGGAGAGCUGCUCCUGGCCUGGUUUGGUGCUCCUUUGGUGCCUGCUGCCCUGGUGGGACCUGCGUGGCAGUGUCGCUCGCAGCACCUGGCCCAGCUGAGCUGUGAGGGGCUGCUCUCCUGAGCACUGGGGGCUCCCCUUCCCCUGCUCUGUUACACGUGGCCACCUCUCCUCCUCCCUCAGAGGCUGACUCUGAAGGCUUCUCCCAGCAGGCACUGCCUUCUUCCACGUUGCUCAGCAGAAGGUGUUGAAGCUGCUGGCUUUUGCCUCCGAGGACUUCAUUCCCAGGGUGUGCCUGAGGCUGGAUCAUCUUAAGCUACGCAAGCAGCCUGGGAGCAGCUCCUGCACCACUGAGGGGCUGAGCCAGCUACAGGUUUAGCAGCUGAGCUGGGAGGGCAAACUUUGAAUCAGGGAUUUUUAUCAGCAGCUGGAUGUGUGGUGAUUUACCAACCCACCCUGCUCAGUAUGCAGUGUCUGGAGCUGAGAUCACUCCACCUUCAGUAUGGUCCAACCUAACCAUGCCCUUUCUGUUCCCAGAUGAUGGGAAUUCUUAGCUUCAGCUGUGUUCCUGGGGUUCUUCUUUUUUAGGAGUAGAGAUGUAAUCUGGGAGAGUAUCAAUAAAACUCUGUCUCCAUUUGGGCUA